UCCCUACAUACACACAAGUAAGAACUCAACAACACAAAGCGCGUGUGUGUAGCUAGCUGAGCUAGGUAAACAAGCUACUCUACUUUGUUGCAGGAUCAGGAUGUCAUCGUGGGUGGUGGAUAUGGAAAAGAAGCUCGAGGACGCCGAGCUGCCGGCGAAGGUGGAGAGAUGUCCGAAGCACUCCAUCUUCCGCGUCCCACCGCAAUUCAAGGCAGUCGAUAGCAGCCUAUACAAGCCGCGGACAGUGUCUCUGGGCCCGUUUCACCACGGCGACGAGGACCUGAAACCCAUGGAGGUACACAAGCUGAGGGCUGUCCAUCGCCUCCUCGACCGGACCAACUGCAAGACCAACAUUGCCGAGCUUUUUGCCGCUGUGGAGGAGGUUGCCCAGGAGCUGGAGGACGCCUAUAUGGACCUGGAUGGCGAGUGGCGGGGCAAGGAGAACAGGGGAAAGUUCCUCCAAAUGAUGAUCACCGACGGCUGCUUCCUGCUGGAGGUGAUGAGGGCGGCUGAAGACCUUGGGAAGAAGCCCGACGAGCGCGGCGACCACAUCUUCAGCUGGCAGGGUAUGGAGCAUCUUAAGCCCUUCGUCCAGCGAGACAUGCUCAUGGUUGAGAACCAGCUACCACUCAGAUUGCUCGAGACGAUCGUGGCCGCGGGCAGCGGCACAUCCCCCAACGCGGCUUUGAUAAAUUCGAUGGUGCUCCGGUUCCUGGAAGGCAAAUAUGCCCCUGAAGGGACGAACCAGCUGGGACUCCAUCCGCUCGACAUCUACCGGACGACCCUGCUCAAGGCCGCCCAAAAGCCUCUUGGGAAUGACGGAGGCACAGGUGACGCCAAGGUGAUGACGCCGCCGGCGCAUCAUGACAUUGUUUCUUCGCGGAGAAUCGUGCCUCGAUCGGCAUGGAAGCUGUCCCGGGCAGGGAUAUGGUUCGUGCACAAGAAGACGAGCUACCUCGACGACAUCGAGGUGGACGACAAGGGGAAGCUCCAGAUGCCCAUACUCCAGCUGGACGACUCCACCGCAUACAGGUUCCGCAACAUGAUGGCGUUCGAAGCGGGGCAUGACGACACCGGCAAAGAUGUGACGGCGUACGUGCGGUUCACCAGGGACCUCCUGGACUCCGCCGAAGACGUGCGUCUGUUGACGAGGAAGGGGAUCUUGGAGCACGACCUCGACAGCGAAGCCGUGCGGAGGCUCAUCCGCGGCCUCGCCAGGGACACGUCCCCCCCGGCUGUAGGGACUCAGCUGUGGCGCGUGCGUGGAGACGUGGAGUACGGCUACCGCAGGGACCUGUACGGCAGGAACCGCGUGCGCCUCUUCCUAUAUGAGUCAUGGGCUGACCUCAGGAGCAAUCACUUGAGGAGCCCCUGGACGAUCCUUGCCCUGCUCACCGCCACCUUGCUGCUGGUCGCAGACAUCCUGCAGGCCGUGUAUACGGUCAAAUCGUACCAUGGACCUGACAAGGGCGACACCAAAAUGCAUUAAUAAGCAGUAUCUCUCACCCCCCCCUAUGGAUUAAUCAGAGGGACAAGUUGGUUAUCUCUCUCCCUCUCUCUGUCCAUCGUCCUGGCGUUAGCUUCCGCCCGCUGCUUGCCACGAAUAAACAUGGAAGAAAAUUUGAGUAGGUCUGCUCUCUCUCUCUCUCUCUCGCUCAUGUGUUUGAGAUGCCAAACAGUCUCCGUUUGGGCCGGCCGUGUUAGCCAAAGUCAUUUGUAAUGCCAAACCAUUUCAUUUUCAGUUUUGCUAAGUCUCGGUCGACUUAGACUUCAGUAUGUCUCAAUCGAUGUUAUAUUUCAUUGAUCUUGCAUUGA